GGCGCGGGCGGGGACUGGCGGAGAGAGCGCCAGGGCGCGGGGAAUCUAUUCCCCGGCUGUGAGGGAGGCCUGGGUUAAUUUCAAGUUUCAUCCUUCAAUAAUUAAAGAUGCCGAUACGCAGUUCCAUUCAGUGACGAGUAUCUUCCGCAGCCUUUUAAGGAGGCCUUUUCCAGAAGGGAUUAUUAACUCCAGAUGGAAGGUGGGGUCCGAUCCCCGUUGCCCUCAAAGAGCCACUGAAGAAUUGCACAGUGAGCACCCGGGGCUUGUAAAAGCGAGUAGAUCCCAAGUUCCCACUGUCGUCACAGUGGGGUAGGUCGUGACUGCUGGACUUGCUCUUAGUCCUGCGGUGCUGCGUUUAGGGGCAAGAUCCGGGCCGGUGCUUUUGGUGGUGCUGGAGACUCCUCCUGAACCCGGAAACGCAGCCUGAGCUUUGAUUCGAGCACUUGGUUUAUCAUACCAGGCCUCGACGUCUUUUGGCUUUGUUUUUUCAUGUCUCUCCAUCACCUAAGAAAGAUUUUGGACAGUUGGUAAAUGGUGCAUGGGAAUCCCAGGACAGGGUUGUCCGGAAGAUGUGUAUGUGCAAAGAAUUGUUGGUGAGGACGAUGGAGGGAAACUUUUUACUCCUGAAGAAUAUGAAGAAUACAAAAGAAAAGUUUUACCUAUGCGCUUACAGAACAGGUUAUUUGUGAGCUGGCGGUCCCCAACAGGAAUGGAUUGCAAACUUGUUGGCCCAGAAACACUGUGUUUUUGUACCCAUAGGUAUAAACAACAUAAAACUGACUUUGAAACGCUUCCGCAGCAGCGCCCCAUUGCCCUGCCUUGCCGCGUGAGUGGCUGCCCGUGCAGGGCUUACCAUUAUGUCCCUCUGAAUGGUACCCAGCCCAUUCGCUGCAGGUGCAAACACUUUGCAGACCAGCAUAGUGCUGCACCUGGCUUUGCAUGUAACACGUGUUCCAAGUGUUCAGGAUUCCAUAGCUGCUUCACUUGUGCUUGUGGUCAGCCUGCAUAUGCGCAUGAUACAGUGGUGGAAACAAAGCAAGAAAGACUGGCUCAGGGGAAGCCAGUGGGAGAGGAUGUUCCUUACGCAGCGAUGGGAGGGUUAACUGGUUUCAGCUCCCUGGCAGAGGGCUACAUGCGACUGGACAGCAGUGGGAUUGGUACACCUUCAGUUGAAGUUUUAGCCUCUCCAGUUACGCCCAUGGACCAUCCAUUUGUAAAAGCAUUUCAGGCAUCACCUACUUCUCCAGAAACACUAGCAGAAGCAGGUACAAGUAACCAAGUGUCUUCCUUAAGGAGACCAGAAGAGGAUGAUAUGGCUUUCUUUGAAAGACGAUACCAGGAAAGGAUAAAAAUGGAAAAGGCUGCUAAGCACAAAGGAAAAGCUCCAUUACCAUCAACUCCAAAGCCUUCAUGAAGUCUCUUGGAUAAUUAAAGACAUCCAAAUAUAUCUUUUCAUGCUUAUUUAAAUGUGAUAAUAGAGUUUAUUUUCUCUGUUUUUAAAAUGUGCAAAUAUGUACUUUGGGAUGUUUUCAUAAUUUAUUGAAAUAAAGUGGAAUUACCUUAUGUUUUAUUUUUGACAGAUUUCAUGAUUUACCACUUUAUAUGUACAUUUUUCUCUUUCUUAAUAAGUGAUGUUGUUUUGAGUUAAACCUUAAAUGUACAGUAUUUUUAGCCUAUCAUAAUUUAAAUGUUUUCAGGCUAUUUAAAAAAAAUAAACAUGUGGAAGCCAA